AUGACCAUCCCUAACAGCAGCAAAACAAAAUUUACGCCGGAAAUUCGGGAAUUGCUACCCCUGCGGGAGCACAGGUGCGAUAAGUGCCCCAAUUUGGUGUUCGGCAACCAGAGCCACUAUCAGCUGCACCUACGCCAGCGGCACAAGGUGGUCAUAGCGCCAGAGCCAAGCGGAAAAGUAACAGAGUUUCACUGUCCCGUGGAGAAGUGCAUCUACCAUGAGACCAUUAAGGGAGCGCGGAGCUUCAGCAGCUUGCGCCUGCUGCGUCAGCACUACCAGAAAAGUCAUCUGGACAAGAAGUUCAAGUGCCAGGAGUGCGGUGAGAAGUUCCUGCUGCCGCGGCACCUGGAGAAGCACCAAUGCUCCGAGCACAAGUGUCCCGUUUGCGAGUUGACAUACAACAGCAAGGCUGGACUAAGGACGCAUAUGCGGCGAAAGAACCACAUCGUUGAGGAAGAGGAAUCUGACAAGGUUGCCAUCCCUUCUUUGGCCACAUGGAAGAAGUUGAAUCCGCAGCCUGAGUCUGAAAUCCCACCCGCAGUAGAGGUAAGCCCUGAGCCAUCGGUGGAGGAGCCAGAAGAACAUAUUCUUUGCUUUCUGCCCAUUGUGGACGUUGAGUACCCGAAUAUGCAGCUGCAGUCAGAUAAACUGGACAUGGAGACCCAAACGGAGGAGGUCGACGACCUGGAGGAAAUCAAGAACGAGGUACUGGCGCCUUUACUUCGAGAUAUCCAAACUCAAACGCCCGAUACCCGCGGAGAUAUUGGAACGAUGACGGAUGACUUUCCCGACGAGCUGCAGCCUGUGGAAGAGCAGCAGCAGCCAAAUGCAGAGCCAGUUGGGAGCAGUUUUCCCUCCUAUCCCGAGAAUGAGCCCCUGUUUGGCCUGCAAACAUCUGCCCACAUGUACACCCAGACUUGCGACGAGCUGUUCGAAGAGCUCGGCCUGUCGCACAUUCAAACCCAGACCCACUGGCCGGAUGGUCUGUACAAUACGCAGCACACGCAAACCUGUGACGAGAUGCUGGACGAACUGGAGUUCCUGGAGAACUUUCAGUCGACGUACACGCAAACCAAGUGGCUGGACUGGCAGGAAAACGGAGAAGAAGGCAAUUAGACUCUU